AGUUGAUGUGACACUGUGCCUACUUUUCAGGACCAUUGUGAUCAGCAUUUGUGAAGUGCUGAAGUGUAAAGUAACAGAGCCUCAGAAGCCUGGACUUGGGUGUUGGAGCUUCAGAAUGGCCGACACGGAGUCCCAGUCGUCGAUGGAGUACUCUGAGGAUGAGGACGACGAUGGCGCACUGCAGGAGUACUACGAGGACGGCGCUGAUGACCUGGAGGAGGACCUGUCGCGCCUGAACCCGGAGCACUUUCCGGUGGAGUGUCUCUCCGUGGAGGAGGUGGAGCGGCUGCUGAACGAGUGGGUCGAGCAGCUCAGCACCUCACUGCAGGUGACGCCGUCCCUGGCCAAGCAGCUGCUGCACUCCAACAACUGGAACGCCGCCGAGAUCACGGCGCGCUACCGUGCCAACUGCCAGCAGCUGCUGGCCGAGGCGCAGAUCAAGCCGCGCCCGCCGCCGGCGCCGGCCGCGGGCGGCGGCGGCAGCGCGGCGGGCCCGAGCAGCGCCGCCCAGCCGGCGGCCGCCCCCGCCGCCGCCGCCCAGCCGCCCGCUGAGUGUCCGGUGUGCGCCUGUGCGCAGCCGCCCAACGAGUACCGGGCGCUGGCGUGCCGGCACCAUUUCUGCCAGUCCUGCUGGAGGAUGCAUUUUGAGACGCAGAUCAUGCAGGGAAUCUCACUAGGUAUUGAGUGCAUGGCGCGCCACUGCAACAUCCUGGUGCCGGAGGACUUUGUCGUCUCGCUGGUGACCAAGCCGGGGCUGCGCAGCCGGUAUCAGCAGUACGCCUUCGCUGACUACAUCCGCUCGCAGCCGCAGCUCAGAUUUUGUCCAGGUCCUAACUGCCCCAUCAUAAUUCGGGCGGUCGAGCCCAAGGCCAAGCGAGUGGUGUGCAGCAAAUGCAAAACGUCUUUCUGUUUCCGCUGUGGUAUCGACUACCACGCGCCGGCCGACUGUGAGACUGUGAAAAAGUGGCUCACCAAGUGCGCCGACGACAGUGAAACGGCCAACUAUAUAUCUGCCAACACCAAAGACUGUCCAAAGUGUCAUAUCUGUAUAGAGAAGAACGGGGGGUGCAAUCACAUGCAGUGCUUCAGCUGCAAGUUCGAGUUCUGCUGGAUGUGCCUCGGCAACUGGAAGAACCACGGCUCCGAAUACUACGAGUGCUCCCGGUACAAGGAGAACCCCAACAUCGCCAGCGACUCGGCGCACGCCAAGGCGCGCGAGGCGCUCAAAAAGUACCUGCACUACUACGAACGGUGGGAGAACCACUCCAAGUCGCUGGCGCUGGAGGCACACACGCGCCAGAAGAUCGUGGACCGAAUCAACCAGAAGGUCAACGACGCCAGCGGCACCUGGAUCGACUGGCAGUACCUGCUCGACGCGGCGGCGCUGCUUGCCAAGUGUCGAUACACGCUUCAGUACACCUACCCGUACGCUUACUACCUCGAGACCGGCUCGAGAAAGGCGCUGUUCGAGUACCAGCAGGCGCAGCUGGAACUGGAUAUCGAGGAGCUCUCGUGGAAGGUGGAGCGUGCAGAGACCACCGACCGCGGCGAGCUCGAGAACCACAUGAGCCGCGUCGAAAAGAGCCGCACCAUGCUGCUCAGAGAGUUCAUCGAGGUGUAGUGGCCGCCGCCGGGACACAGUCGGGGGUCGGGGGGGGGGGGGUACUGUGCGCGGGGCCGCGCCCGAGCCACCAGUCAGCGCGGGCGUGGCCCACACCGUGUCAAACCGGCCCGGCGGGGCGCCCUGCUCCGGGUCCGAGCGAGGUGUGUCGGUGUCAGUGGGCUGGGCAGGGGACAGCCUCGCCCGGUGGUGACGUGUCAUAGUCUCCAGGGCGUGUGUGAGGUCCGUGGGGCGCAGAGGGGGCGAGAGAGGGCAUGAUGGGGUCGUGAGUGGGGUGGCUGCCGCGCGGUGGGAUGGACCGACCUAACCUAUAGCUCUCGCCUCACUGCGUGGUAGGUAAGAUAUCCUCAUUUCGACAAAAUCGAGAAAAGUUCGAGGAUUUUGUUAUCAAUCUCUUGGAAAUCAACUCUUAAGAUUCGCGAUGCCUCACACGUACAAUCGAGUCUAUUUUAACCUAGCUCUCCGCACGCUUUGACUAUAAGCAAAAGUAUGUGUUUAGCCAAAAUUACAGACGUUUGCCUUUUGCUACCAUAUUGGGCAGAUAAUUUAGCCGAUGGCAUUUUUGUCAAGCUUUUCUGGGUUUUUGUUGGAAUAACCUCUACCGCGCAGUGAGGGGCGGGUGCACGGGCCGACCGGUUACCGCCGGGGGAGGACUGAGUGUUGUCGGUAGUUGAGACGAACGUCAGCCGGCCCUGAGCGGCCGGCCGGGCCCGCGUCGGUCAGCGGAGGUGUCCGUGGCCUCACCUGUAUCGGGUGGCGCUGGAUGGCGACUACAGCCGCCAGAGUGUGUGGAGGGGGGGGGGGCAGCCGGAGAGUGAGGGAGGGGAUCGGGUCGGUCCGUCAGUCUGGUCCUAACGGCAGACGACUGUUCAGAGCUGAGCCGGAGCUAAUUCACCCCGGCGGACAGCGGGCGAAGAAAAUCGUCAUUUUCAGUUCGGACUGCAUUGGGUAGUUGCGUAAAUCGGUUUUAGUUUUUUAUUAGAGAACAAUAUUCUUGCCUGUGUUAUUUAAUACCGGAAUCGCAUCAGUUACGUGUUACUAAUAUUUUUCUUCUCGUAUCACCCACGAGUCAUGUGGCGCCGCGAGUGCUUGUGUGUGCGUGUGUAGUGUCUUGUAUGUGCAUGUGUCGCAGUUAUGUGCGGUGUAGUGCACCGGUGUGACUGUGACGGUACCGUAAGGUCAGGACGGGGUGUCUCCGUUCAUUUAUACCCGCAGUGUGUGAGCCUUUCUGAGAUUAUAUAGUCAGUCAGCGCGGCCCGCCGGCCAUUGCUCGCGGCGGAUCUGUCCAGUCUCAACAAACUCCGGUAGAAUGUACAAGCCUUGUGCGGGGUGGCACGCUGUCGCCUCUCCGUGCCAUCUGCGCCGCGGCCGGCGGUCCUCCAGUGUCGAGAGCUGGUGCCAUACCGCGUCUCCCCGCUCUCUCCUCUUCCAGUGAGGCGCGCCGUGCGUCCGACUGACCUUCCAUGAGUACCUCGAUUGUGUGCUGAGGCGGCGGCGCCGGUCCCGUCCCGCCCGGCCCGGCCCCGCCGGGGAUAGGUCACUGGGUGUCCCACCCCGACGGCCGGACCGGGCCCUGCUUCACGGCACGACGCUACAGUGCUCGACGUUACGCUACGGUAUUGGGUUUCCAUGGAACCAUCAACAAACUCGGAUGCUCUCAGUGUUGAACCGUCCGAGUUUGUUGAUGUUACGAUUGAAACCCGAUGGCAAUACCGCGAUACGCGUAGCGCGCUGUAGCGUCGAGCCGCGAAACAGGACCCGGGUCGGGCCGGCGCCGCCGCCCAACUCGCCAGAUCUUCCGGCCGGCGCCGCGGGCUGACCCGACCUGACCCGUGCACAACGGCCGUGUCGGCCGUGCACCUCUGACUGGAGCGUUUACUGAACAUGCUUUGACUUUGAA